AAUCGAUAUAAUGUUCAAUCGAUUUUUACGAUCGUUUCAUUGCAAACGCACUCACAAAUUCACUGGUUUCGUGCUUUUAUUACACGCGUCGUUGUGUGUUAAUAUUCAUGGGCGGUCAGGAGUUAAACCGUCACGAUUCCCGGAUCAUUCCGAGGGUAAAAUAAUAGGUGGAGAACCAAUAAAGAUAGAAAAUUUGCCGUCCGCUGUGCAGUUCUUCAACUUCGGGUCUUUAUGCUCUGGUAGCAUUAUUAAUAGUUGGUCGAUACUCACCGCUGCGCAUUGUUUUGAUAAUAACAAAGAUAUUUUUAAUAUGGUAAUACAAUUUGGUGCUCGGUACAUUUAUGAUUACGACGGAGAAAUACGGGAGGUGUCAGAUUUUGUGAUUCAUAGCAACUACAGUAAAGCGAUGCCCUUCGCUUGUGACAUCGCUAUCAUAUUUGUUAAUGAAGUUAUUACAUUCGGGAGUACUGUUCAAAAAGCCGUGCUGGUAACAAAUGAUAGCUGGAAGAAAGAAAAUAGUAAAUUGAUUGCAGCUGGCUGGGGAUGGACUAAAUACGGAGGACCAAUAUCAGACCGUGGUCUAAUGAGUACCAGAUUGCAGUUUGUACCGAAAGGGAAAUGUGAAAGGAUGCAUCAGAUAAAACUAACAACAGAUAUGUUUUGCUUGUACGGAGACGGAGUUCGGGAUACAUGUAAAGGAGAUUCUGGUGGAGGAGUUAUAUGGAAUGGAAUGAUCGCUGGUAUAGUGUCUCACGGAGACGGAUGCUCUAAAAAACAUAAACCGAGCAUCUACACGAAUGUUUUGUUUUUUAGAAAUUGGAUUAGAUCACAGGUAUAA